AUGGCGAAGUUGUUCAAUGCAAUAUUACUUUGCUAUUUGCUGCAUUUACUGAAACAAGCCUAUGGAGCAGAUGAUACACUUCACCAAAAUCAAACAAUAAAAAUUGGAGAGAAUCUGGUUUCUGAAAAUAAAGUUUACGUGCUAGGAUUUUUUCGUCCCGGAAAAUCUAGAAAUGUAUUCUUGGGCAUAUGGUACAGAGCCACACCCGAUGCUGUAGUUUGGGUUGCGAACAGAGACAAUCCAAUCAUCGACUCUGAAGAAGCAGUUCUCGCCAUUUCCAUUAAUGGAAGUCUUGCUAUAACCAAAGGUGGAAGCCUUAUUAUCUGGUUUGCGACUCCAUCAGUGGUGGCGACAUCUCGUCCGCUUGCACGCCUCCUGGAUUCGGGAAACCUGGUUGUCGUUGAUGAGACGAGGGAUGAAGAAGACUACUUAUGGCAGAGUUCUAAUUUCCCAACGGAUACCUUGUUGCCGGACAUGAAGAUGGUGGAUGACGUGGAAGCGGGCGUGGUGAGGAACCUGACGUCGUGGAGAAAUGCCGAUGAUCCUUCACCAGGAGAGUUCGUCAUGAGGAUCGAGAACAGGGGCGUGCCUGAGAUUGUCAUAUUGAGAGGCACAGCCAAAUGGUUUCGGACGGGAAACUGGAACGGGCUGCAUUUUAACGGUAUUCCGCGCUAUGUCAACACUGUUUCGGCUGAGCCUGGCUUGGUUUUUCGGGACGAGAGGCUGAUAUCAAUGUCGAGGCCGUAUAAAAGCACCAUCGUUAUCAGAGCGACGUUGGGCGUUUCUGGUUCAGUCCAACAGUACACGAUGAAUGCAAAGAGAGAUAGGUGGAAUGUUGUUGACUCGUUUCCUCGAGACCAGUGUGACGGAUACGGCCACUGCGGUCCGAAUGCAGUCUGCAAAGUGGAGAGGGCUAAGAAAUGUGAGUGUUUCAAGGGAUUCAUCCCUCGAUUUCCACAUGACUGGGAGGUUCAAGAUUGGGGUGGUGGAUGCAGGAGACUCGUGGCAUUGGAUUGUGAGGACGAACAUGGAUUUCUUGAGGUUAGACGGGUGAAGUACCCUGACAUGCUUGAGUUUUGGUUGAACAGUAGCAUGACCCUCCGUGAAUGCAGAGCUCAGUGCUUGAAAAACUGUAGCUGCAACGCAUAUGCUAAUCCGUAUGUGACUAACGGAGGCCGUGGCUGCGUGUUGUGGUUUGGGGAUCUUGUAGAUACCAGAGGACUCUCCGCAGCAAAUACUUUGCAGAAUAUCUACAUUCGCUUACCACUUCAACAACUAGAUUUUAGCACUGAUUCGGAGAAAGUGGAUAAGAAGUUGCCUAUAAAGUUGAUAGCGAUAUCACUUGCCGUUGGAGUCCUUGUAGCAAGCAUUAUAAAUGGGGGAGUAGUCUAUUUAACGAGACGAAGGAGGCGAGUAAAAGCGAAAGAUGAGGAUAUAGAUGUACCUAUAAUCAAAAUGGCUAAUAUUGUGGAAGCAACAAACAACUUCUCCUUAGAGAACAUGUUAGGAUCUGGAGGUUUUGGGCCUGUUUACAAGGGCCAGUUAUCAACGGGACAACACAUCGCUGUCAAAAGAUUGUCCAGAACUUCGGAACAGGGAGUUGAGGAGUUCAAAAAUGAAGUUAAAUUGAUUGCUAAACUUCAACAUAGGAACCUCGUCAAACUUGUGGGAUGUUGCGUUGAAGGAGAAGAAAUGGUGCUAAUAUACGAAUACCUACAUAAUAAGAGCCUGGAUUAUUUUAUUUCUGAUGAGAAUCAAAGGAUGCUUUUGACAUGGCCUAAACGCUUCGACAUCAUCAUGGGGAUUGCGAGGGGACUGCUUUAUCUCCAGCAUGAUUCUAGGUUAAAGAUUAUCCACAGGGAUUUGAAGACAGGCAAUAUAUUACUAGACAAAAACUUAAAUCCAAAAAUAUCCGACUUCGGGUUAGCAAGAGCGUUUGAAGAGGACGAGUCGAUUUCUAGAACAAAAAGAAUUGUUGGGACAUAUGGUUAUAUGGCUCCGGAAUAUGCGAGUGAUGGGAAAUUUUCUGUGAAGUCUGACAUCUUCAGUUUUGGAGUGAUAUUGCUAGAAAUAGUGAGUGGGAAGAAGAAUAGAGGAUAUGAACAUGACUACCACAAUCAUACCCUUCUUGGCCAUGCAUGGUUGCUAUGGAAAGAUGAGAGGAAUAUGGAAGUAAUGGAUGAAUGUUUGAAGGAAACAUGCGAUGAGUCCCAAGUGAAGAGAUGCAUACAUGUGGGGUUGUUAUGCGUUCAGAAAUUAGCAGACGAUAGACCUAUCAUGCAAUCUGUGGUUUUAAUGUUAGCAACUGAUGGAGCAAUCCUACCAGAUCCCAAAGAGCCUGGAUAUUUUGUGGAAACAAGCAGCCAAACACAAGAUUCUACGUCACCGAGAAUCGAGUUAGAGAAUGCAACGAUCACCAUUACUGACUUGGAGGCCAGAUGA